UCUGCGCCGCUCUGCCGCUCACGGGAACAAGAAGGUCGCACAAGACGCUGUGUUGAGUUGAGCUACAGAAGCAACAGGAGCAUAAUCAUGCUGGGACAAGCCGUCAGGCGGUUCGCGACCUCCGCGGUCCGGUCUUCACACUAUGCCGAAGGCCCCGGGAAGAACAUGCCGUUUAACUCGGACAACAAGUGGCGUCUGCUGGGCACGAUGGUGGUGUUCUUCGGCGCUGGCUUUCUGUUUCCCUUCAUUGUCGUCAGACAUCAGAUCCUGAAAACAUAAAACUCCUCCAGGCUCCUGCUCAGCCUUCAAGGUUGUCACCUGGAACAUAUUUAUCCAUCAUUGUCCCGUCUGGGCAGAAGAAUGGAAAUCUCUAAAUUGUCUUUGUAAAUAAAGUUUGCUCAGAUAUG